UCUUUCCAGCCGGUCCACCCCAUCCCCUCAAAACGCCGUAUUUUGCGCAUGUACCACCAAACGGGAGCAUUCAUCGACUCCAAGAUGGCGAAAGCAGCGCUGGUCUCCUCUAUGGUCCUCCUGUGUACACACUGCUACGUCACUAUCAUGGCAGUGAACCUCCGAAGUGAAAAUACUACACCGUGGACCGAGGAAUUCGGCUCCAUCGAACUAUCGUGUAAGAUAGAAUCCAUCAUUACAGAAAAACCACGCAUUGAAUGGAAGAAGAUAAAAAAUGGUGAACCCAGUUAUGUUUAUUUUGCGGACGAAGUAUCAGGGGAUUUAACAGGCAGAGCGAAACUUAUGGAACCCGCAUCCUUAUUUAUAACCAAUGCAACCAGAACAGACACCGCGCAGUACCGGUGUGAGGUCACCGCCCAUAAGGAUGACAAGAUUUUUGAUGAGAUUUUGAUCAACCUUACUGUAAGAGUGAAGCCGGUGACUCCCAGGUGCAGCGUGCCCACAUCUGUGCCCGUGGGGAAGACGGCCGAGCUCCGGUGCGAGGAGAGCGAAGGAUACCCCAAACCGCAGUACCAGUGGUUCCGGAACAAUGACGAACUUCCCCUGGACCCCAAGACCAGUCCCAAAUUCUACAACUCCAGCUACAGCCUGGAUAGCAGCACAGGAACGCUGAGGUUCAGUGUCGUCAAGAAGGAGGACGCGGGAGAGUACUACUGCAGAGCAAAGAACGAGGCAGGGAACUCACAGUGUGGCCCUCAGAAGAUGGAAGUCUAUGAUAUCAAUGUCACGGCCAUCGUACUGGGAGUGCUGGUGGUGGUCAUUGUGCUCUUAUGUAUAACAGUUGGCAUUUGCUGCGCUUGCAAAAAGGGCUACUUCGGAAUCCAGACACAAACAGGAAACAACUACAAGGCCCCAUCCAAAGGAGAUGGAGUGGACUACGUUAGGACAGAAGAUGAGGGUGAUUUCCGGCACAAAUCUUCGUUUGUCAUCUGAGAUGGGGGAGGAAGUGGCCGACGUGAGAUUAAGCAUAAGGUGCAACACACCCUCGUGAACCUCUGGGGUCCCGUGGCAGCGUCCAAGUGGCUAAUGUACACGCCUUCCACUGACGCUUAGCUUGCCUGACAAAACUGAUGAAAUAAAAAAUGUAUCAUAAAUAAUUGGAAAAGAAACAGCCGAGAUGUGGAAUUACGACCUUCGACUUCUGUAUAAAUCUCCAUGUACUCUUUGUCCUGUAAAAACCCCUCUGUCACCAAAACAAACGUCGUAUAGCCACACUUCUAUUUUAUGGCAGUGGUAUGUUUUUAUUAUAAUUUUUAAAUGUAGAUGGCAAAUUCGAGAGCGAAAAAUUAGAAAAAACAGCCAACAAGCCUCCUACAUUAGAGGAGAUCCAGACUAAAAUACCAAUUUAUACGGUAAACACUGCUACUUCAACCCUGUUGUUAUGUGUAUAACAUAACCAUUUUUUUGUACCAGCAAAAUUUGUCAAACUAUUUUUGAUGGAAUAUAUUUUGAAAUGUCUAUAGAUAAAAGGUUUACUUUUUUAAAUGUUUGUAAAAUACUAACACUUAAAAACCAAUGUUUUUAUUAUUUGGUUGUGAGAAGAUGUCAACAUUUCAGUGACGAUUCAGUAUUCAGUUUCAUUUAUACGUGAUGAAAUAGCCAACUUUUUAUUAGUAAAUUGUCAUAUCAGGUUCUUAUUUUUUUUGUUUUCGAUUGAUGGUCUUACAGUUUGUUUUCUGCUGGGAUUUAAAUAUGUUGAUAUUUUUUAAGAAAUUUCAUGUCUUGUAGAUAGUCCAAAAACAAUACUGAGGCACUGCAUUAGAACGUUGUCGAGCACUAAGGUGUCAGUGCAGAGUAUCCUUGAUUUAAGUGACCUUCUGUGUUUGCUGUUCAUCUUGUAAAUAUCAGAUUUAUCCACAUAGGUGUUUUUUUUUUUUUUAGUUGGAGGUACUUUCAGUAUUAUGUGAAAUAUAACACAGGGUUUGUUUGUCGGCUGAUAAGUGUCGUAUUAGUUGUAAAUAAAUUAGCUGUGCAAAU